AUGUCAUUAACUAGAAUCCGUCCUAAUGGGAGUGUUGCUGUGCUUGGAGCGGGGAUUUCCGGCCUAUCAUUUGCAUAUUUUCUCAACAAGUUACGACCGGAUGUGAAAAUCACUCUAUACGAGCAAAAUACCAGGCCCGGUGGAUGGAUCAAUACAGACAAAGUGGCCGCCCUGGAGGUGGCCCGGGAGCCUGUGUUGUUCGAGAAGGGCCCCCGGACGCUCCGUGGGGUCAGCGAGGGAACGUUGCUCAUUGUAGACAUGUUGAAGCAGUUGGGAAAAGCCCCGGAAAUCGAGGUGAUGUCAAGAAAUUCGGUCGCUAACAACAAGUACAUUUUGGGUGGCGGUGGCGAUGAAUUGGUAAAAGUGGGCAGUUUCAGGUUCCAUCUUGGAGACUUGACCGCCGGGUUGAUUAGAGCGGUUGUAGGCGAGCCGUUCAGGCGUGGAGAGAAGUUGCCGGUCGACGAAAGUAUCGAGUCAUUUGUAAAACGUAGGUUUGGUAGUACUGCUCUCUCUGACAACGUCUUGAGUGCAGUUUUCCACGGGAUCUAUGCCGGGGACGUGGCUCGGUUGAGUGCCAGGUCGGUGAUCCCGGCCAUGGUUGAGAUGGAAAGGGCACAUGGGUCCAUUUUCAUGGCGAUGGUCAAGAAAUGUUUUGGGGCCAAGUCCCACCAGUCGGGCCACAAGCUUGGUGGUGGCUCGGGACUCUCCCAGCUGCUCCAAGAGUACGAGAAGAGGAUAUCUCAGCACAGUGACUUACAAGGAGUGGCCAGCCAAUUGCUGAAGUUCCCCGUGUUGAGACUUCAAGGCGGGUUACAAGAACUCCCCAAUGCGGUGGCAAACCACCUCGAACUGUGUGACAACGUCAACAUUGUCUACGGGGCACCGGUUGCAGCUAUUUCGAAGUCUCCACUGGGGGACCAGGUGUGUGUGAGAAUGCUGGACGGGGGUGAGUCCUCCUUUGACCAUUUCCGGUCCACCAUCAACACCAAGACCCUUGCCAACCUUUUGGCGGCGGACUCCAGUUCUCCACUCCGGAAACUCCCAUACGUGUCGGUGUUGCUUGUCAAUGUGUACUCCAAGUCUACGCCACUCAUCCCGCAGAAUUGCCAUGGGUUUGGGUUCCUUGUUCCCAAGAAGGCCGCCAACCCGGAGCGCUUACUCGGGGUCAUUUUUGACAGUGACAUAGCUCAGAACGUCGAGCCCUUCCACAAGGACAAGGAGACUAGCUCCUCCUCCACCACCGCCUCUGGCUCUGGCUCCUCCAACUCCAUCACCCUCAUGUUUGGCGGUCAUUUCUACAACCAACAGGACCCUCCAAUGUCGUCCUCCAUGCGCAUGAGGAUCGUUCGCGAGGUGUUACAACUGAAGUUGGACGUGGACUUGGCGGGCCUUCGGAUGGUCGACCUCGACACUCACCGCAAGACCAACUCCGGCCCAGACCGUGCAGUAGCAGACACGGACAUCCUCGUGUCGUUCAACUACCACCAGGAUUGCAUCCCGCAGUAUGAGGUUGGGUACUCCGCCUUGGCUGCCGAGGUGGAGGAGCAAUUACACUCUGAGUUCAAGGGCACCGUAUCUCUUGGAGGAAUGGCCUUUGGUAAUGGGAUCGGGGUCCCGGACUGUGUGCAAAACGGAUUAGAAGACGCCUUGAAGUUGGCUUAA